GAAAUAGAGUAUUCCAUACCUCCUAAGGUAGUAUUGUUCAUUAGCAAAGGAGAUGAUUUUAACACUCUAUACAAAGGUGUUCUAAAACACAUAAGAGAAGCGAGGUUUUCUGAAAUACAAUCUAUUUACGGAAAAAUGCAAAAAUUUAAGAAUUCGGUCUACGCUGCUUCUAGAGCGUGGCCCAUCCACGAUGACCGGUCAUGGAGUAAUUUUUCCCGGGUCGCAUUCCAGGAGUACGAGGAAUUGCAAAUUUUCGUGGAUGUUAUAAACAACUCUAUAGCCCCACCACAAAGUUUGAUCUGCGACGAAGGUCUUGCAAAUACUACCGCUGCGUUUGGUGAUAUCGGGCAGGGUCCAUCAUCAACAUAUGGCCGAAGGAGAAACACAUCCACUUUUCAGGAUUUCCAGUCUCCCGUCACAAACUUAUCUGGGGACUCGGACGAUCCCGACUUUGAACAACAUAGUAGUGAUGUUGAAUCAUCCUCUAUAAAGACGAGGCAGUAGAUACGACAUGGGCCACUCUGGAGAUAGACGAACCGUAUGUCGAGGCUGUAAAUCGUGAUUCAGAAAUGAUUGCAGUCGGCGUCACAUUCAAAUCCUAUGAUGAAUUAAAAGAAACUGUGGCCCGAGCAAACAUCCGUCAACACUCAUUUUUCCGGUCAGAUGACAAACGUCCCAGGUCAUGGAAGGUUGUGUGCAUCUACCCUGCGAACAAAUGCUCGUGGCACAUCCAAGCAGGAGCAGACCGGAACUCACAUGUGUGGAAGGUGAAAAAAUAUCGGAAUGUUCCUGAAUUGCUAUCGUCUCAAGUGUCGAAGCGUUAUUGCCUCCGUCACAUUCGGAGCAAUUUCAUGACGAAAUUCAGGAACACAGAAUUGAAAAAGUUGUGCUGGCAAGCCGGUAGCACUCCUAUCCGCAGCGAAUUCCACGACUACAUGCACCAAAUAAGAGGCAUCAAUGCGAGUGCCUUUGCAUAUUUGAAUGAAAUUGAUGUGGAAAGGUGGACACUUAGCUAUGAUGAUGGAUGGAGAUACGGUAUUGAUGCGACAAACCUUUCGGAAAGUUUUAAUCAUGUGUUGAAGGGAUGUCGUACGUUGCCAAUCACCGCACUCAUAAAAGCAACAUUCGAUAAAGUGGUUCAACUCUUUGCGGUCGACGCAACACUGGAGCUAUGUGGCACCAAGCAGGGUAUUUAUACCCGCAGAACAUAUGGAAAGAGCUUCUAGAACGUUCGCAGCAAAGGCACCUUAGUACUGUCCUCCCGCACAACCGUAGAGCAGGGAUUUACUCCGUCACCAUACGCAAACACCAACCAGUCAUGGUAAACCUUUCGCGGCGGGAAUGUGAUUGUGGAUACUGGAAGCAGAACGGUAUGCCAUGUGUUCACGCAUACGCAAUUUGUCACUUUUUACGGAUUACGACGGAUCAACUCAUUCCAGAGGUUUACACAUUAAAUGCCUAUAUCCAAACGUAAGCUACAGAUAUUAUGCCAAUUCAGGACCUCGAUCCUAUUGGGUUUGCCCAUCGAUGGUAUGCCCCUGAGUGGUCCAACCGCAAACACAAAUGCUGCUUGGAUACAUAUGUGCACAGAGUUGGCAGGUUUCACUCAUCAUGAGAGUGAUUUGGAGCGCGGUGUAAAAAUUAAGUGUCGUGCUAUUACGCGUACCCCGAUCCGCCCCGACAAUAUUGAAGAAGAGGUCACCCAACACGCUAGAGUCGUGGUGUGGCAAUUGCUUGGCGGUCUUUUGUUCCCUAACACAAGUGGGGAUAAAAUACGACUGUAUUUCUUAGAGCUUUUGAAUGGGGACUUAGCGGAUGCCCGUCGAUGGAGUUGGGGAUCGGCGGUGCUCGGGUUUCUCUAUCACAACUUGUGUAAGGGCAACAAGUGGAAUGCGAGGCAAAUUGGUGGUUGUCUACACUUGCUACAGCUUUGGGCUUGGGAGAGACUUCCUAUGUUGCGUCCCCAACUUCUUCGGCCCAUCAACCUUGGAGCUCUUCCGAUGGAUCGGACCUCAUUCAUUUUCGAAGGGCGGAAGACAUGCGUUGCCCGUUUUACGAGACCUCUUAGACCGCAUGAGGGAGAGUCAAUUUGUAUGGACCCCUAUCCAUUGGGUAAUCUCCCUAAAGACAUCAGAAAUCAAUCCAGGCGUUGGUUUGCCGAGAUUAUGCUCAUUUUUUGCGAUUAUGCAGAGAGGCAUUACCCCGAUCGGUUUUGUCGACAGUUCUUUGCCAUUCAGAGAGAGCCGAACCCCACUCUCCAAGGUGCAUGCCAUCACACUAUUAGCUCCCGCGCUAGCACAGCUUCCUUAGCAUUGUGGGCGGAACGAGAUAUGAAUUUAUACGAACUUACAUGGCCCCCGCUUGACGGGCGGAAUGUGGCUGAUGGGUACCGUACGUGGUACGCGCGGACCGGUUGGAAACGUGUCGUGAAUCCUUCGCACGCUACACCAAGGACAGGCUACACCCCUGCAAUACGUGAGUUGGGUGUUAAGUUGCAGUGCAUUCAUGAUACCUAUCAGCUCGCUGAUAAUUUGGUCGAUCAUGAGGAUAUUAAAGAUCGGCUAGCACAAUGUGUUAUAGCAUUAGAUGUAGAAGAGGUGCUCCACCACGGCAUCUUCCAUUACCCAGAUGCUGACUAUGAGCCCGAUCCCAUGCCUCGUCCAAGGCAAGAUCAUCGCGGUUACGUUGCGCCGCAUAUAGAGACAGCUGCUGCGGGAGAUGAAGAUGAAUAUGAAGAAUAUGAAGAAGAUGAGGACGAGGAUGAUAACUAAUCACUUUAUGUAUUAGUAUGUGUUUGUACGUAUACUAGUAAGAAAUUUUAAAUGGGCCUGAACCCUGAUCGGAUGAGAUCAUAUGUACCAUAUCCGACCUGUUUAUUAAAAUACUAAGACGUCCAC